AUGGAUCUGAAUUUCGAAUACAUUGCUGCUCAUAUCAGCAAUUACAUUAACAAUGAAAACUUCUUUGAUACAUUUGAUAUCGAAAACAUCAAAACAAUCAUGAAAUAUACACGUUUGACAGCUGAUCAAUACGUUACUCUUCUCAAACAAUCUCAUUCAACUAUCAAUACCAAAGACUUAUAUAUCUGUACACGAAAAGCAAAUGUUACUAUCAAAAACAUCGAAGAAAUCGUUUUAAUUCUGAAAUCUGUAAAUAGAUACAUGAAAUUCAGUAUAUUUGAUGGUAUUAUUGAUUUUUUAAAACAGAAUGAGAAAGUAAUAAACUAUUCUACGAACGAGAAAGCUUUUCAAAAUAAAAAUGAAAAUGAAAGUGAAAAUGCGACCAAAGAUAUGACAAUCAGUCAAACUAAUGAAAAUUACAAUCAUUCACGAGAUAUUUUAACUAAAAUUACAGAACUUAAGGAAUCUAGUGAUUUUGAAACCGUUUACAAAUUCCUUGAUGAACUUUCUUCGAAAAGAAACCAUGAAAUGAUUUCAAAAUCAAUCGAAGAAGGACUUUGGCAAAAGAUUGCUCCUGAAAAAGAUAAAUGGGAUCCUGAUAGGAAUAUUCUUCACUUUGCAAUUGAAAAUGGAAAUCUUAGACUUGUUCAAUCACUCAUCGAAUGUGGUUGUGAUAAAGAAGCCAAAGAUAAUAAAGGAUUUACUCCCCUCAUUUGGGCAUCAGCUAAUGGUAAACUUGACAUUGUUAAAUAUCUUAUCUCAGUUGGAGCUAAUAAAGAAGCAAAGAAUAAACCUGGAUAUACACCACUCAUUUAUGCAUCAGAAGAAGGUCAUCUUGAAGUUGUUAAAUAUCUUAUCUCUGUUGGAGCUGAUAAAGAAGCAAAGACUAAUUAUGGAUCUACUCCACUCACUCAGGCAUCACUUGGUGAUAAACUUGAUGUUGUUCAAUAUCUUAUCUCAGUUGGAGCUAAUAAAGAAGCAAAGACUAAUUAUGGAUCUACUCCACUCACUCAGGCAUCACUUGGUGAUAAACUUGAUGUUGUUCAAUAUCUUAUCUCAGUUGGAGCUAAUAAAGAAGCAAAGACUAAUUAUGGAUCUACUCCACUCACUCAGGCAUCACUUGGUGAUAAACUUGAUGUUGUUCAAUAUCUUAUCUCAGUUGGAGCUAAUAAAGAAGCAAAGACUAAUUAUGGAUCUACUCCACUCACUCAGGCAUCACUUGGUGAUAAACUUGAUGUUGUUCAAUAUCUUAUCUCAGUUGGAGCUAAUAAAGAAGCAAAGACUAAUUAUGGAUCUACUCCACUCACUCAGGCAUCACUUGGUGAUAAACUUGAUGUUGUUCAAUAUCUUAUCUCAGUUGGAGCUAAUAAAGAAGCAAAAGAUUACCUUGGAUAUACUCCACUCCUUUGGGCAUCAAGAUAUGGUAAACUUGACGUUGUUCAAUAUCUUAUCUCAAUUGGAGCUAAUAAAGAAGAAAAAGAAAAUAAAGUUAUAGAUCCGUAUUUUUCCCAAGUGAGCGGGGUAUCUCUAAUCCCAGCCCUAUCGUCCUCCCAGUGUCAGUUUUUAAUAUAA